CAAGAUAUCACAGAUCAGCUGCAUUUACACAGCAAAGAUGACCAGUGAGAAUUUACUGCCUGAGCUGAGGAUUGUGCUCAUUGGGAAGGUCGGAGCUGGAAAGACGGCAGUCAUGAACAACAUCCUGAGGAUCUCAGCGGAGAGAGGAGAGGAUGAGGCAACUUCAGGCUCCCGCAUAUGUCCCAACUCUUAUACAGACAAGUGUCAGAAGGAACAAGUGAAGAUCGGUGGACGAAACGUGGUUGUUGUCGACACUCCAGGUCUGUGUCAGACAGGAAAAGAAGACAAGCAGGUGAUGGAGGAGAUCAAGAAAUCUUUCUCGAAUGUUAAUCCUGGUCCUCAUGUGAUCCUGUUCGUGCAGAAGGUGAGCGCGUUUGUAAAAAGUGAUCUUGACAGAGUGGAGACUUUUAAGAAAACUUUCGACGAUGAGGUAUUGAAAUACACCAUGGUGUUGUUCACCCUUAGAGAUGAAAUGGAAAAAGGAAGAAAUAUUGAGGAGUUAAUUCAAGAAAACCAGGAUCUCAAAGACUUUGUCUCUAACUGUGAGAACAGAUACCAUGCUAUUGACAACACAGUCCAGGAUCUGUCUCAGGUCAACGAGCUUCUGGAGAAGAUCAACCAGAUGGUAAAGGAAAACAAAGGAACAUCUUACUCGGUAAAAGCAGCUCAUCUUAAAAGGAAACUCGCACUCACUGUAGGUGGGUCUGCAUUGGUUGGAGCUGGUUGUGUUGGAGGAGUUUCACACUUUCUUGGGAGCAUGGUUGGAAGUACAGUAGGAACUGUAGCAGGAGCUCUAGUUGGAGGUGCAAUGGGCGCUGCAGGGAUCGUCGCAUUGGAACACAUUAAGGCUAAAACAAAAAAAUAAUGAAUAAAUAUUUAAAUUCAAAAGUUUUCCUUAACAGAGACCAGGACUGUGUUGUAACAGCUCUUGAAAAUCCAUCACUAAGUUUGAACGUCAAGUCCCUCCUGAGUACUCAGUAACCACUAGCUGGUGAUUUACUAAAUGAGGAUGCUCCAUUAAAACAUAAUAAAUGUCUUAGCAAGUCAAAACUUCAAUAACGUGUAGAUUGGUUGUUAGGAAAUGUCUGUUGUGCUGUCCAGUCAAAAUCAAUAAACUAUGUAAAUGAGCAUUACAAGCUAGCAUGAGGUCCUAAAAUUACACUUAUUAGAGGUGUUAGUUUUAUUCUGUAUUCUGUUAUUCUUUUACUCUGUUAGUUUUAGUCUGCAUACUUACAGCUCAUAAUGAAUGGAAAAUAUACCGUUAUGCUAACCUAACUACAUAGAGACACACAACAACCACUAAGAGAUGCAAUAUGACAAAUAACUAUAAAGAGACAUAAAACAAUUACAAACCCUGCACCUCCACCAGAACAAUGAGCUGCAGAGUGAGUCAGCUGAGGCUUCAUUUGAUCGAUUGUAAAUGUAAAAACAUUGUUUAUAGCAGCUUAAUGUCAUUUGUAUUUGUUCCAGCUUUUAAAAUGUGAGGAUUUGCUGCUUUUUUCUUUGUUUUAUCUCAUUGUAAAUUAAUUAUCUUUGGUUUCAACCCUGUCUCUAUACAGAUGAUACAAGUUUCUAUACAUCUAAACUUCAACGUUUUAUUUCUAUCAUAACAAGGAAAUGUAACAAGUCACAGAUGUGUUGAUACUGAACAUCUGUUCCACCUGAAUGUCUGAUCUCACAGUUAAAUCUCCACCUGUAGUGACUCCAGCUUUAUUCAACUGUUCUAUGAUUCUGUUCAGACUCUC